AUGGGAUGUUCGGACGGUGACGGCUUGUGGUCAGGCACGCUGGGUUCGGAGGCGGUGAACUUGAUGCUGCUACAAGGCGAAGGUCGGGAGCGGCCGGGGCCCGCGAUGGAGGACGACUGCUCGGUGCGGCCCUGCGCCACUGACUUCUCGAUUGCUGCCAUCAUGGCCCGGGACAGGCAAGAGAGGCGAGAGAGGCGGAGGCACAGAGACCCCAGGGAGGACACUCUUACACCGCUAGAGAAGUUUGUGGACGCCACCGCGUCGGCUUCGGGGUCGCCGUCGCCGCCGUUGGCCGAAUUCGAACGUGAUUCCCCCGUGGACGUGUCCUCGACGUCCGAAGCCGGCUCCGCCAGCGGGGCUCCCAGCGGCUCAAGGGCCCUCUCGCCCUCGCCCCGCAACCCCCAGCUGGUAGAGCGCUGGUCGAGCGAAGAGAUGAGGCACAUCCAAUGCCACCUCGAGACAAAGGAGCUGUGGGACAAGUUCAAUGAGCUGGGCACCGAGAUGAUCAUCACGAAGACCGGAAGGCGCAUGUUCCCGACGGUGCGCGUGUCGUUCGGCGGGUGCCGCGCGGAGGCGCGGUACGCGGUGCUGCUGGACGUGGUGCCGGUGGACGGCAAGCGGUACCGGUACGCGUACCACCGCUCCUCGUGGCUGGUGGCCGGCAAGGCGGACCCGCCCGCGCCCGCGCGCCUCUACCCCCACCCCGACUCGCCCUUCGCCGGCGACCAGCUGCGCAAGCAGGUCGUCUCCUUCGAGAAGGUCAAGCUCACCAACAACGAGAUGGACAAGAACGGACAGUUGGUGUUGAAUUCAAUGCACAAAUAUCAGCCGCGUAUCCACCUAGUGCUGCGGCGGGAGGGCGCCAUCAACGCGCCGAUCGUCGACCUCGAACAGGAAGAGUUCAAGACCUUCAUAUUCCCCGAGUGCGUUUUCACAGCGGUCACCGCGUACCAGAACCAACUGAUCACAAAACUGAAAAUCGACAGUAAUCCGUUUGCCAAGGGAUUUCGGGACUCUUCACGUCUCACUGAAUUCGAGAGAUUCUAUAUCACUGGAGAGCACGAACGAACAUCGGUCUUCGAUGACGCGCGCUACGGUGCCCCCAACCCUAGGGAGACGAUGGAGUCGAUGCUGGCGGAGCAGCACUACCUGCGCUCGCCGCUGCGCCCCUUCGACCUGGACCAGCACAACAACAACCUGACGCUGGAGGAGAAGGCGAUACUGGCGGCGCGCUCGCAGCUGUUCCUGCGCGCGGCGUACCCCCUUUACGGAGUGCCGGCGGCCGCCUUGUGGGGCCAGUGGGCCUGCUUAGCGCCACAGCUUCUAGCGCAGCAGCACCUCGCAUCUGGCUCAGGGCUGCAGCUGCCGCGACCCGUUUAUCCGGGCGGUGUGCCGGCAGGGCUGUCACAGCACCGCUUCUCGCCCUACCCGCCACGCCGUUCGUCGCCCGGCUCCUCGCCGGACUCCAUCCGCGACGCCAGCCCUCACCCGCUGCCCCCGCACCCGCCGCACACCCCUCACCCGCCGCACAGUCCAACU